UUGGUGCUGAAACAGAUGUUCAUUCACACGUAGCAUCGGUGGAUGCGUCUCUAUGCGUUGUCUGUCUCGGUGACGUCUCGUGAGUGACACAAAUCUUUCUAACACACUCACCCAUGCACCGCACCCAACCCACAUUCAUAAAGCGCAGUGUACACAACCAUACAUCGUCCCGCGAUCGACACUUUCUUUGUGUCCGCUCUCCCUCCCUCUUUCCUUCAGCAGACACAGUGGCACCAUCUGUGUCUGUCUGAUCGCUCCUUUGUUUAUUUCCUUAUUUGAGUGUCUUGCCGGCAGGCACCACAUCGUCCUGGUUGACCGCCCAGCUCAGAGCACUCUCGAUGGUUGAGUCCUGGAACUCAUACCUGCAGACAGACAGACAGACAUACAGACAUCUCUCGUGGCUUUGUGACUCCACCUGCCCUUCCCUGACUCACUCACCCUGACUCCAGCAGCUUCUUAGGCGUGACGUUCUGCCCUCCCAACAGGAGCUCCUCGCCCAUCUCUCCGAAGAGUACCCUACACACACACACACUCCCCCACGAGGAUGUGCCAUAUCAAUGUCUGUCUGACGAAUCCAUCGAUUAUGUGCUCACUGUGCGACAGGCGUCGGCAGGGGGAAGAACGUUGGCCUGCUCAGCACUCGCCCGAGCGCCUUGGUGAACUCGGCGUUGGUCACACAAGAUGGCCCCACCACAUUGACCGGACCCUAUACUCGCGCACACACACACACACACACACACACAUCUCUGUCUCUCUCCCUCCCCACCCCCACCCACCACACCCACACCCACCUGCAAUGACUCGGUCUUGAGAGCGUGGAGGAUGGCCCCCGCCACAUCUCUGCGGGACACCCAUGGAAACCACUGCUCGCCGCUGCCCAGCACACCACCCCCGCCAAGAGAGAAGAGCGGCAGCAGCUUCGUGAGCGCGCCGCCGUGCCUGCUCAUCACCACACCGAACCGCGUGUUGACCUGUCCACACACACGCGAGGCACGACACGAGCACUUUGUGGCAUUUAUUUGUCAGUCACUGUGUUUCUACUUCUUUCUCAUGACUACCACUCGUGUCUUGCUGGCUGCGCGCUGUGCCUCCUCUUCCCACUGCCGGCACACGUCUGCCAGGAAGCCCUCCCCCUGCGCGUCGCCCUCGUCGAACAAUCGCUCGCCGCUGUUGAAGCCGUAAUACCCCACCUGCACGACACAAACAGAUUAUGCGAGUGGCUGUCUGUCUGUCGUGUGUGCGCUGUGCCGACCGCGGAGGCGCACACAAACACGCUGGGCGGCCUCUGCAUUCCCAAUAUAGCGUCAACAACCGCCCUUGUCCCCUGCACACGGCUCUCAAGAAUCUUCCGCUUCUUGCUCUCGCUCCACCGCCCCAGCGGCGCGAGCAGCCCCUCGCCGCUGCCCACAUUCUCGCCCGCCAGAUGGACGAUCGCGUCCACAUCUUGCAGCAGAGAUGGGUCGCCGGCUGAUGCGUCCCACUGCACCUCGUCAACGGUCUCCGGCUGCCGGCGGACGAGCCGCUUCACGAGGACAUCACGACCGUUGAUCUGGGUGCCUGGAUGGAUGGACACAAGAGAUCUAUUGAUGUGUGUGUGUGUGUGUGUGUGUGUGUGUGUGGAUGCGUGUGUAAGUGUUACCUUCGAGCAUGCUCAUGAGUUCGCUGCCGACGAGCCCGCCGCUGCCUGUCAGAGCGAUGGUGUAGCUCUUGGCCAUGACAGCGGUACCCCCGCCCCUCUCCCUCUCUGUGCCCAUCAGGUCCUUCAGGAAGUCUAGAGCACACAGCCUGCACACAAACAUACACACACAUACAGACAGACAGGAAAAAAACAGACAGACAGAGAGAGGGUGUGGUGUUCGGCUGUGCAGGAAGCGGAGAGCAUGCCUGUGCUUGGAUGUCUACCGAGAUGGUGAUGGCGGCCUGGGAUAAUGGGCCAAUCGCAGAUGCGCAGAUGGUGAGACCGGAGAGGAGAGGGUGAAGGCCGCUGCCGGCGAUGGCUGAUGGAAAGAGAGAAUCAGACUGCUCACCGCAGCCAGCAGGGACACCGGGGAUGGCGGCUGCAUCGAAAGCUUCAUUCGCAG